AGAGAGCAUAUUGAAAAACCGAUACAAACGGGACACUGUAUGUAUAUAAAAGAGAUACAUACGUGUUGAUUCUGGUGCGUAAGGCAGGGGGCAUGGCGACGAGCAGCAGCAGGGACGCAAGACGACGUCGUAUAGCAGAAAGAGGAUCCGACCGUUUAGCUCUCAUCACCGGUCGCCUCAAUAGUCUUCCUUCUUCCAAAUCAUUCUCAGAUCUACCUCCUACAGUUGUCCCUCAGAAAGAGGAUAAACACACCACUUCUUUCUCAUGUGACUUAAGUAAUGAUCCGUCCCAGCAUGAAAAAUAUGAGGGAGGAACUGGCAUAGAACAACAUAGGGUCCAAUCUCAUUCGAGCUCACAAGAAUCUAGACCAUCUGCCCUGGACGCUGAUGAAAAAAUAAAACAAAGACCAGUCUCAUCAAAAACUGAAGGUUCACCUAUUUCAACUUUGAAUGCUGAGCAUCAGUCAGCAAACAUUGAACCAGUGAUCCAUGCUCGUUCUAAUGGUAUAAGCCCAAGGCAAAUAAGCAUUGCAGUUGCAGCUUCAGAGAUGAUUCGUAUUUAUUGUUCCUUAGCAGCUGCCAUUGUAGUAUUCCUGUCGUAUAUAGGAUUUCCUAUUCUUGGCAAUGGCAUCAUAAAAAGCGUCAUACUUUCCAGGCCACUGUAUCUUCUUAUGGUCACUAAUAUAUCAAUCGUGCUUGUUCCUCUUCUUCUAGAUAAACAAAGACCAGUAAACUCUAGUGCAGAAGCAAGUGGUGCAUCUCCAUUAGGUGCAUUUCAGUUCGGGAAAGCCCUGGAGGUUGGCAUGAUGCUGCAGCAAGUUUUUGGUGGACUCUUCAUGGACUGCAGUGUAUACUCAGUUGUGGUCGUAUGUUUACUAUCCCUCGCUCAGAAACUUGGUUGGUAGAUGAUGCUUCAAAGUUAUAUUUACCUCAGUAAAAAGACUCCGCUUUUGGUCCUCAGCAGGGCUGUCAGUGAUAACUGGUCCAUUCCACAACCCUACUUCCAAAUUUUGUGGCAUUUGUUGUUUCCUAAAUUUUUUUUACUGAAUUGCUAUUUUCACGUGGUGCAUUUAGCGUGUAGAAAGAGAUAAAAAUUUUAUAUAUAGAGACUGAAAGGUAUGUUUAUUUAGUGGAUUCAAGGCCCAAGUAGUUGAUGCAGCAUUAUAAUGUCAAUUAAUUUGUA